AUGAUCAGCCAAUGUGAAGAAGAGCAAAAAAACGAAACUGCAAUUUAUGCCGCUAAUUGGAUUGGCGCUGCUAAAGCUAAAGAGCGACUUACUUGCCACAUGCUGCGAAUAUCCGCAAACAAAACCCUCUACCACUUCCAACGUGUCCACGAUAUCGACAUACAUUCCAGCGUGGAUGGGCCUACUCGGCCAGUUUUGGGCCUACUGCGACAACAAUACGACAAUUCCGCAAACGCCUUCACUGCCACGUCUUCGAAGUCCCCUCGACGGCGGCCACCACCACCUGUGAGUAACCUUCGGAUGCAACGAUGCCGCCCUCCACCCCCACCAUCAUCACCGCAACGAUUGCGACAACAGCAUCCACCACUACCACCACCACCACCACCAGCACCAACCUCUAGUCUUUAG